GAUUUUUAUUUCAAGAUGGCGAGUUUCGCAUCAGAUAACCAAACCUCAUAUUGGCUGAAGUUCUUUACAGAGGCAGGUAUUCCAGCUGGAGAUGCAGCGAACUAUGCUGUAACAUUUACAGAUAAUAGGAUACAUAAAGAAAUGUUGUUAGAUCUGUCCAAAGAAUAUUUAAAAGAUAUGGGAAUAAGCAUAUUGGGAGACAUAAUAGCUAUUUUGAAGCAUGCUAAAACAGUUAAUUCUCAGAUUGCAAGGGAUCGUGCACUCAAAGGUUCUGAUAUAUUAAGUCAGAAUAAUAAUAACAAUGGAAAUUCCCCAAUUCCAAAAAAAUCUACAGCUGCCAGUAGAAUGGUGGGACAUUAUAUGAGAAAACAUCCAGAAUCAGCACCUAUGAAUAAAGCUCCCUCUCCUAAACCUGAAAUAGAAUCAAGAAAGUCAUCAGUUUUUGAUCGUCUUGGCGCAGACUCUUCAAGUCCAACAUCGGUACCCCAAAGAACAAUUACAGGCUUAAGUUCUUCUCCCCAGUCAUCAGUAUUUAAUAGAUUAGGUGAUAAAACAACAUUAAAAAGACCAGCUUCUUCUACCUCAUUAGAUGAAGAUGGUGUUACUAGUGAUAGACCUUUAGAGUAUGCUGGUUUGUUUAAACUUUCUCCUAACAAGGUGAAAAAAGUAGCCGUAGAUAGCCCACCAGCACCAGUUCAAACUGCCAUGAUUAAAACUACUACUCUGAAAAAAUUACCCAAUAUUAAAAAGACAAUAAUUGUCCAAAAAGCAGAGGUUACGACAACAUCAUCAACUACUGCUGGUAUAUUCUCACCAUAUGCAACAUCGGCAGCUGAAUCCCGUAGUGCUAAGGAAAGAUUGGGUAAAAAAGUUAUCACAGCUCCAGCUAGUAGUACAACAGAUAGUAAGAAUGAAGGUGCAGUGAAAACUACAGCCAAUAUGAAAAUUAAAGUAGCAGGUAGUAGUGCUAAACGAGAAUUUGAAGGUGCUGGUUUAAGAUUAAGAAAACGACUUGGAGCAAAGAUGGAAGAACCCAGUACAACAACUAGUACAACGACUACUGAUAAAAAAGAUGGUGGAGUGUUUGGUAGAUUGGGCAAAAAAGUUUUUUCGUGAUUCUAUGUUUGGUGAUUUCCAUCACGGACAAUUAUUAUUUAUUGACUUUACUGGUAGAAGACCAUCCUCAUAUCAUUGUAUCUAUUUACUCAUUGUGGACUUAUUUAAUCUCAGGGUCAAUUAUUUUUGAAAAAUUGGAUAUUAAUAAAUCCUUUUUCAUACAUCUUUGCAAAUGACAUAUAAACGUAUGGGGGCAGUUCAAAUAAUAACAUGGGUAAGACCUAACAUAUUCGGAUAAGUGCAAGGUUUGUGUAGAAAAAAUAACCCGCCAUAACAAAUAGGGUAAGAAAGAUAAUGAUGGAACUUGGUGAAACAAGUUAGAUUGCAUAAUUUUCUUGGAUUUUUGACAAAAUUCCAAACAAGGUCAAUAUCUGUGGCAAGGCCUUCAGAUCAUUUGGGAUCUAGAAAUUGAAUGAAUUAAUAGAUAAAUAAACAAGUAAAAGGAUAACAUAACUGAUAGAAGGACAAUGUUUGUUUAUAAAGGUAAACAAAAGUCAUGAAUCUACAUUCAUUUCAUGUUAUUAGGACACACAGAUAUUCUUAUGUUGGAUUGUGGAGGCUGCCAUAAUUGACCUAAAGGUACAUAAAUCAUUUUAGUGAACCGAUUUGAGUAACUGAUCAGAAGUCACAACUCAACAAUUACAUCCGAUCUGACCUGAGUUGGCAUUUGAACAGAUUUACAAAACCCUUGGCCAGGAUCUGUUUAGAGAUUUCUAGUUUAUAUUAAUUACUACAUGUAUAUAAUAUUUAUAUACAAAGUGAUAGUACUGUAUAUUACAUAAGAUUUAUGGUGAGUAAAUGAGUAUAUAUGAUUAAUGAGAUUUGACAUAAUAGUCAUGUAAUAAUCUACUGUGAACUUACUUAAAGACGCUACUUAAGGUGAAUGGUGAAUUAGAUUUAGAAUACCCGAAUUGUCUCUCAAACCCCCCUUGCCUUAUUAAUCCUAAUUUUUUGUAACAAUCUAGUAGUACAGUUCAUCUGAUGUUUUCUAACAUAUAAUGUUUGUUAAAUUGUGCAACAAUUGACUCAAUUGAACACUGUGUCCUGUGAAUGAACUGAAUUUGUUAUCCAUGUAAUAUAUGUAAUAAAUUGUUUGUGUGGGAGUGUGAUUAACGCUGUGUAAGUAUGAUCAAUUUUUAUUUUAAAUCUGAUUUUGAUUUAAGGAUAAGUUUAUUAUCUUUGAAAGGCAUUUAGUGAAAGCUAUAUAUAAUAAAUAUACAGUUUUAUGGAUAACAUUCACUAGGUUUAUUAACUGCAAUGUUUCAAUGAGGAUACUCUCAUCGUUAAUCAAGCAAUGAUACAAUCAAACAAGUUACAGAAGGUUAUAUACAAGUUGCAGUUAAUAAACCUAGUGAAUGUUAUCCAUAAAACUGUCUGUUUAUAAUAUGUUUAUUGUUGUGUUUAUUUUUAGAAUAUAGUUUAUUCUGAAUAUAGAUUACUUUGGAAUGAAAAUGUUUUAAUAAAAAUGAUUUCUGACAGUCUAAUUUGUCCACCUCUUGAAAUUUGUCUCUGAUUUAGGCUAAACCAAUUUAAUUUUUAAUUUUUUGGAUGUGAUAAAUAAAGCCAUUUCAAAUGUCA